CAUAUCAUUCCUUAUAUCACUUGUCAUUGUGCUGUCAUGCCAACCGAUCUUUCACCACUUAUCAGUGAUUGCAUUUCAGGUAAAAUGGCUGAACCUCCCCCCGCAUAUGAAGCACUACAGAACCCCUACGUUCCAACGGAGACGAAGCAGCCAGCAACAAAUCCCGACUUUCCACCAAAUCCAACGUUUCCGAGUGGAAAUUACAUGCCUCCGACAAUGCAGCAACCUGGUGCUCCAGGAUUUGCACCGGGACCAGUUCACACAAUCGUAGUAGGUACAAUUGCAUUUAAUCAAAAUCCUAUGUCUAUGACAUGCCCACACUGCCAUCAACAGAUCCUUACUAAAACCUCCCCAAAAAGCGGAUUACUUACAUGGCUGCUAUGUGGCGGAAUGGCUUUGUUUGGAUGUUGGCUGUGUUGUUGUAUUCCAUUCUGUGUUGAUUCCUGCCAGGAUACCGAACAUCACUGCCCGAACUGCGGAAAAUUCCUGGGAAUCUACCGAAGAAUUUGA